AGGUGGAGUUGGACAUUCCAGGAGAUGUCACCACAGAAAAUCCCAGCAAGAAUUAUAUGGGGAAUUUUUUGGUAUCACCGGAUUAUAAAGCAGAAGCUGAAGAUAUCAUGCAGCAUCCUUCAGGAGAAAGCUUGAAUGUGCUUCUAGGACUUCAUAGUACAGAUCUCUUGUAUAAUGACCCUAAUCAUGAGGAACCUUCUCCUAGCCAGUCACAAAUUGUUACUACAAUUACAGGUCAGAAAGGGCUUCAGCGUGGGAAACGGUUCCGUAAAAGCUCAGGUCUUUCUACAGACAGAGUAAUUCACACAGGAGAGAAACCAUUUUCAUGCCCAGAAUGUGGGAAAUGUUUUAAACGGAAAUCACAUCUCAUUACACAUGAAAGAAUUCACACUGGAGCAAAACCAUAUCCAUGUUCAGAAUGUGGAAAAUGUUUCAGACAAACAUCAAGUCUUGGUAGACAUAAGAGAAUUCACACAGGAGAGAAGCCAUAUUUCUGUUCAGAAUGUGGGAAAGGUUUUAUAGUUAAAUCAAAUCUUAGUGAACAUGAGAGAAUUCACACCAGAGCAAAACCAUAUUCGUGUUCAGAAUGUGGAGUAUGUUUUAUAGAUAAAUUACAUCUUAGUAAACAUGAGAGAAUUCACAGCGGAGCAAAACCAUAUUCAUGUUCACAAUGUGGGAAAUGUUUUAUACGGAAAUCAAUUCUUGUUAGACAUGAGAAAAUUCACACAGGAGAGAAGCCAUAUUCAUGUUCAGAAUGUGGGAAAUGUUUUAUACUGAAAUCACAACUUAUUAGCCAUGAGAAAAUUCACACAGGAGAGAAGCCAUAUUGCUGUUCAGAAUGUGGGAAAUGUUUUAUAUAUAAAUCACGUCUUAGUAUACAUAAGAGAAUUCACAGCGGAGCAAAACCAUAUUCAUGUUCACAAUGUGGGAAAUGUUUUAUACGGAAAUCAAUUCUUGUUAGACAUGAGAAAAUUCACACAGGAGAGAAGCCAUAUUCAUGUUCAGAAUGUGGGAAAUGUUUUAUACGGAAAUCAAUUCUUGUUAGACAUGAGAAAAUUCACACAGGAGAGAAGCCAUAUUCAUGUUCAGAAUGUGGGAAAUGUUUUAUACUGAAAUCACAACUUAUUAGCCAUGAGAAAAUUCACACAGGAGAGAAGCCAUAUUCAUGUUCAGAAUGUGGGAAAUGUUUUAUACUGCAAUCACAACUUAUUAAACAUGAGAAAAUUCACAAUGGAGAGAAGCCAUAUUCAUGUUCAGAAUGUGGGAUGUGUUUCACAGAAAAAUCUAAUCUUGUUAAACAUAAGAGAAUUCACACAGGAGACAAGCCGUAUUCAUGUUCAGAAUGUGGAAAAUGUUUUAUAUUGAAAGCACAACUUAUUAGCCAUGACAGAAUUCACACAGGAACAAAACCAUAUUCAUGUUCAGAAUGUAGGAUGUGUUUCGCAGAAAAAUCAAGUCUUGUUAAACAUAAGAAAAUUCACACAGGAGAGAAGCCAUAUUCAUGUUCAGAAUGUGGGAAAUGUUUUAUACGGAAAUCACAACUUAUUAGCCAUGAGAGAAUUCACACAGGAGAGAAGCCAUAUUCAUGUUCAGAAUGUGGGAAAUGUUUUACACAGAAAUCAACUCUUCUUAAGCAUCAUAGAAGUCACAUGGAAGCAAAACCAUUUUCAAAUGUUGUAACAGAAACAUAG